ACCAAAAAAAAUUACUAGUUAGAAAUCACUUAGUUAGGGAGUGAGCUGCCAUAUUAGCUAGCAACCCAAACGACAGACAUUAGAAUAAGAUACAGGAAGAGACUGCAUGUCCGGUAGGAUAAAAGUAUUCAAGCGUGAAGGUGAAGUUGGGUCUGACCUUCAUAGAUUAAGGUCAAUAUUGGAUCAAAUUAAAACUACCUGGAUUAAUUAAAAGCUGCUUAGAUCAACCCAUAAGUUUUUCUCUCUUAAACAUUGACUACUACAUAGUGGGCUUUAUGUCUCUUGAGUCUUCCGUGUGAAGCUCUCUCUCCUAGUGAGACUAGUAUCUUCCUUGUGAAGCUGAAAGUGGUUCUCGCUUCCUUUCUUCUUUUCCUCAUUCUAAUCACGCAAUCAGGUGGAUCUCGAUUUCUCUCAUCUUCUCCCUUUCACUGGUGAGUUCUUUCCUCUUAUCUUAUCCUUCUCAUACUGUAGUGUAUUUGGUACUUGGUUUUGGGUCUUUUUGCUAUCCGUGGCUGUGGCCAUGGAUGAGAUUGAUGUUGAAACCAUUACAAAUCAAGCCAAAAAAUUUUGUUGGUUAAAAGGUAAAGUUAAUUUAGAGGUGCUUCCCUCAUCCAAAGAAUCAUCUAAACGGCUCCUUAUUGGUAAAAUCUUGUCAAAAAAAUCCGUCCCUAAGGCUCUGGUUAAAGCUUGGAUCCUUAUAAACGAUUUUGAUGUUGCUCUAGUGUACAAGAAUGUUUGUGUUUAGUUUUAAAUAAAAGAAAACUAAAGUAAUAUGACUUGUCUGACACGUUGUUUCCUUUUCCACGUAUAAAUACAUGAAAGUUCAUAUAGCAUAUGGUGUUCAAGUCAAAGAGCAGGAAAUAAUCUUUGGAAAAGAAAAAAUGUAUGUGACAAGGCCUCUUUCUAUGUUCCAAAAGAAUCCUUCGGCACUCUCAUGGCCACCCCCUGAAGGUCCAAAUUCUGGUAUUUUGGUCAUCGAAGAUGAAGAAGCCGGGCAGCAGUAUACUUGUUUUGGAUUGUGUAAGAGUAAUGAGCUCAAGGACUUGCCUUUCCCUCAGAACAAGAACCUAACGCUUCGCUAUUCAUCAGGCACUGGCCAGAACCGACGCGUUUCUUAUUUUUACGCAAACUUAAUCCCAGUUCUUAAUCAGCCGUUGUCUUCCAAUCGGUACUAUGUCAUAAAGAGACGUGGAAGCCAUAAAGGGGAAGCAUAUCAAAAUUCUAAGGAGGAGGAUAUGGGAAGCUGCUUUUGCUUCAAGUAUGUUAGUGAUGUAACACCAAAACCUUUGGAUCCCAACGACAUACACCAGCAAUUUGAGAUUCAUCGGAUCGAAAGAGGAUGUCAAGGGGGUGGUUUUGUUGCCAAACCUAUAAACCGGAUGGGUUUCCUCCAAAGUUCCUUAGAAGAAAAGGGUGGGAAAUGUAUACCUCAACACCUAGCGAUUUUCGAUUAG